UGGAGAGAUAAAAGAUCAUUUGAUUGAUGAAUUAGACUAUGUAUUAGUACCACAGGAAGCUUGGGAUCUUCUUAGUAGUUGGUACGGGACAGCUAAUGGCCAGCAACCUAUUGCUCGAAAAGUUGUAGAGUAUGGAAUGUUUGUUAAACACUGUAAGGUGGAAGUGUACUUGAUGGAGUUCAAGUUGUGUCAGAACAGUGACCUGGAACAUUGUGUGAGCCGUAAGUUUAGUAAAGCAGAUACUGUAGAACAUAUUGAAAAGGAAAUGAGAGCAUUAUUUAAUAUUCCUGACAAUAAAGAAACUCGACUAUGGAACCGGUACAGUAGUAACACUUAUGAACAUCUGAGCAACAAAGAUAGCACAGUUCAAGAUGCUGGUCUCUAUCAGGGUCAGGUUCUAAUUAUUGAACAGCAGAAUGAUGAUGGCACUUGGCCUAAACAUGUUAAGAGUACGGGGUCAGCUUUGAGCUACUCUAACACAUCAGGGGUGGGGACUGCUGAUAAUCGUUCUUACAAUAACCAAGCUAACGUAAUUACGGGGUCAGCUUUGAACUACUCUAACACAUCAGGGGUGGGGACUGCUGAUAAUCGUUCUUACAAUAACCAAGCUAACGUAAUAGCAACGCAAAGCUAUGGGUCAGUUAGUGGAGGUUAUUCAAACAACACCUAUAAUUACGAUUACCAUAGUGGAGGGAUGGGAAAUGUACAACCUGGACUCUGUGGAUUAAGUAACUUAGGAAACACUUGUUUCAUGAAUGCAGCAUUGCAGUGUAUGAGCAACACCCCUCUCCUUACCGAGUACUUCCUAGAUGAUAGAUAUUGGGAUGAACUCAAUGUGGAAAAUCCUCUUGGUAUGAAGGGAGAAAUUGCUAGGUCAUAUGGGGAGGUUAUUAAAACCAUUUGGUCUGGUCAGUACACUUACACCAUUCCUCGGAGUUUCAAGAUGAUGGUUGGGAGGUUUGCUCCUCAGUUUUCUGGGUAUCAACAACAAGACUGUCAAGAACUUAUGGCUUUCCUGUUGGACGGAUUGCACGAAGACUUAAACCGCGUGAAAAAGAAACCAUAUGUAGAACUUAAAGAAGCUGAGGGAAGAUGUGAUGAGGUUGUAGCUAAAGAGGCUUGGGAGAACUACCAAAAGAGAAACAACUCUAUCAUUGUAGACAUAUUUCACGGACUUCUUAAGUCUACGCUGGUGUGUCCUGACUGUACCAAAGUAUCUGUCACUUUUGACCCUUUUUGUUAUUUGUCUCUACCAUUGCCAGUCAAAAAAGAAAGGCAAAUCGGAGUUUUUCUUGUUCCAUUGGAUUCCACUAGAAGGCCAAUACAAGUGAAAGCAACUGUUCCUAAAAUGGGGUCCAUUCAAGAUCUGUGUAAUGCUGUUAGUAAAAUUAGUGGUUUACCAGCUGACAAAUUGAUUGUGACAGAUGUGCAUAACCAUCGGCUUCAUAAAAUAUUCCAACAAGAUGAAGGAGUGAACAAUAUUCAGGACAGAGAUGAAAUAUUUGUGUAUGAAGUCACUGUUUCAAGCUUUAGCGACCCCAGUACUUUAAUUCUACCUGUCUGUAUGAGAGAGAAACGGAUAAAAUCAGCAGGGUCUAGUAGCCAUAAUACAAGCAGUCAUCAGCUGUUUGGUCAGCCACUGUUGGUACCUAUACCAAGAAAAACAUGUACCUAUGCCAUGCUUUAUGAUGCCAUCUUUAAAAAGAUGUCACGAUUUGUCCAAAUGCCAGAUCCAAAUGUGGAGUGGUGGAAUGACAAUGAAGCUGACAUUGUUAAUGGAGAAGUUGAAAUGACCAAUGGAGAUGAAUUGGAAAAUGAACAUCAGGAUGAGCAGGAUGAGUUAGAAGAAGCAGAAAUGACAGAAGAAAGCACCACUGGGUACCAGAGGCUCUUUUCUCUCUUAAGUGUUAACGCCUAUGGUAAUGCUGAAGUAGAAAGGUUCAAAAAUAAUGAUCAGCCUCUGAAACUUGGAAGUCGUACAUAUGUGGCAAUAGACUGGCACCCAAAGGCUAGAGAAAAAUUUUAUGAUGACAGAGAAGCAAAGGAAUAUGAAGUACAUGAAUCAGUCAACACAAAACUGUCUCAGAAGAAACAUGUGAUCCAGUUGAGUGAGUGUCUUGAGCUUUUCACUACAACCGAGAAGCUAGGAGUUGAUGAUCCCUGGUACUGUCCAACUUGCAAGAAACAUCAACAGGCUACCAAAAAAUUUGACCUUUGGUCUCUACCUCGUGUUCUCAUCAUCCACUUAAAACGAUUUUCAUACAACCGUUACUGGAGAGACAAGCUGGACAUCUUGGUGGAGUUUCCAGUCAAGGGAUUAAACAUGGCUAAGUAUAUUAUCAACCAAAAUCACGGACCUGCAGUUUAUGACCUGAUAGCCGUAGCCAACCACUAUGGUGGGAUGGGUGGUGGACACUAUACUGCAUAUGGAAAAAACAAAGACACUGGACAAUGGUAUUACUUCGAUGAUAGUAGUGUUUCUUCUGCUAUAGAAGAUAAUAUAGUGAACCGUGUUUACCACAGUGCUUCUAAAGGGAUUCUGAAUGCCACUGUGAACAGUCUGAACUGACCCAUGUUUCUUGUACUGUGCUACUAAGGCAGUGACGUGUUGACAAAUUUCAGUCUCCGAUGAGAGGUCCAAGCUAUCAGGAUACUUCUGAAGCAAGACUUCCAACAUAUGACCUGGACCCAUUUUGUUGUGGUUGACCAUGACACCUUGCAUGAACAUUUUGUAAAUGUGGUUUUCAAAUGCUUGAUAUACCUUUGCACAUAGAUAUUUCCAUAGCCCGGUUGCUUAGCCCAUCUCGGUGAAAAUCUCUCCCACAUAUAUUCAUUAAUGUUUUGAAUUGCUAUGUGAUCAGCAGUAUUAUUAUCCAAAGAGCUUCUGGACUCAGCAAUUGAUUGUUAUUUUGUAUCAAUAAAAUCCACACUACUGGUAUCGAUAAGAGAAACAGCACACUUUAGACCAUUAGAGAGUAAGUCACUGCUGGUUCUAGCACCUUUGCAUGAAUUAAUUUCUUUUUUUUUAACAGAUAGGAACCAUCUUUGACACACUUGACAUUGUGUUUUUCAUCAACAUCCUCUGGCUCCUGCCAAGUAUCGAUCAUGUAUCCUGCAUGGCAACUUUUUUGCUCGACACUUUGUGCACAUUCCCAACUUUUGCUUUCCUUGCUUUGAAUUUCUGUUCACCUGUUGUCUUGCAGGCAUAUAAUCCAUUUUACUGCUUAUUAAUGAGCAGCCUGUAAUUUCCCCAGUAAAUUCAAACUGAUUGGUAUCAUCAGUAAUGAAGUCUUUAUCAUUCAA